AUGUCCCUCAAGUCAUUUGACAUUUGCAUGGUCAGAAGGAAGCAAAAUCUGUUUCACCCGAAUUCCCAGAUCGCCGUCAUCGCCUGCAUGGUUGUUGUGACCACAGCUGAUCAGGCCCCCUACCCCCCUCCUCCUGGCCCCUACCACCCUCAGCAACGGCCCUACAGCGAACCUGAUUACCCUGAUAACAGUCCGUUAAAAUGCCCUUUUCCGACGCCACACACACAGGUCCCACCCAAGUACACCUACAACUACGGCGUCGCCGACGGCUACUCCGGCGUCAACCUCGGCCACUCGGAAGCCCGCGACGGCUACAGGACCGAGGGCAGCUACAGCGUCGACCUCCCCGACGGCCGUAAGCAGAUCGUCAAGUACGUGGACAACGGCGACGGUGUUGAAACUGAGAUCACCUACGAGGGCGAGGCUCAGUACCCUGAGCACACGCCCGCCUACAGGCCCCCUCCCCCCGCCUACCCUGCUCCCCAUGCAUAAAAACUCCUUCAUGAUAUAUUCCAUAAUCUCAGAAGUGAUUUCAUGGUCACUGAC